AUGGCUAUCGCGAGAAGAUGGAUAUUGGUGUUGGUUGUCUCAUUCUGUUUCCUAUUUAGUCUCCUCCACAUCAAUUCCGCUACCAAUUCCCGUUUGUCGAACUUGCCCUCGAAGGAACGUCCGCCUCGACAUUGGUGGAAACACUAUGUGCAUGAGUAUCCCGUGACGUCUUUGAUUUCUCUCCCGACUGGGACCCCGAAGCCGAUACCGCCAAUACAGUUUCAAUUUGGAGAUGAAGACCCGAAGUCCAAGGCCCUCCGCGAACAGCGCCGGGAGUCUGUCAGGGCCGCUUUUCUACACACUUGGGAGGGAUACAAGACAAGAGCCUGGGGCCACGACGAGGUUGGACCAGUGCAUGGAGAUGCGAGAAGUACCUUUGGCGGCUGGGGUGCAACGCUGGUGGACAGCCUGGAUACGCUCUGGAUUAUGGGACUGAAAGAAGAAUUUGAGGAGGCCGUCAGAGCAGUGGAACACAUCGAUUUUUCAUAUUCGGAAGAGGCCAUGCUGAAUGUUUUUGAAACUACAAUCCGUUAUCUUGGUGGGUUUCUUGCCGCUCAUGAUUUGACCGAGGGUGUCUAUCCGAUCCUCCUUCAGAAAGCUGUGGAGGUGGCCGAUUUGCUCUAUCUGGCGUUUGAUACGCCAACUCGGAUGCCCGUCCUGCGCUGGUUCUGGCAAGGAGCCCGAGACAAUCUACCACAAGAAGCCAGCCAUGCAAAUAUUCUGGCAGAAUUAGGCUCGCUCUCGGUGGAAUUCACCCGUCUAUCGCAACUUACUGAUGACUCGAAAUAUUUCGAUGCGAUCCAGCGUAUCACAGACGUGCUUCAAGAGAAUCAAAAUGGCACCAAACUACCGGGGAUGUGGCCACUCGGCAUCGAUGCCCUUGCCCCUAGUUUUACUGCCGAUCGACGCUUUACUUUGGGUGCCAUGUCUGAUUCCCUCUAUGAAUACUUACCAAAGGAGUACCUGAUGCUUGGUGGGCAAUCGUCACAAUAUAGAGAGAUGUAUGAAACUGCUAUGGAAGUAGCGCGGAAACAUUUACUUUUCCGCCCCCGAACGAGCACCGGCGAGGACAUUUUAAUCUCCGGGACUGCACACGUGGCCUCCAAAUCAACAACCAAUCUCAACCCUGAAGGACAGCAUCUCACUUGCUUUUCGGGCGGCAUGAUAGCGCUAGCUGCGAAAAUCUUUGAUCUACCAGGGGACCUCGAGAUUGGCAGGAAAUUGACAGAGGGAUGUAUCUGGGCUUACCGGAGUAUGCCCAGCGGUAUCAUGCCUGAAAUCUUUACUGCUGUCCCCUGCGCCGAAGAUGAAGACUCUCAAUGCACCUGGAGUCCUCGUUUUUGGUUUCGUACGGAAGAUGACGAGAAGAUGACUACGGCUGAGCUCGAGAAAAAGGCCGAAGACCAAGGGCUAAUCCCCGGCUUUCUCAGAGUUAACAAUGCACAAUAUCAUUUAAGGCCGGAGGCAAUAGAAUCUGUAUUUAUUUUGUAUCGCAUCAGCGGCGAUCAAAGCCUUCAAGACAAAGGCUGGGAUAUGUUCACUGCCAUUGAAAAGCACACUCGCACAAACAUUGCAUACGGAUCUCUUAAUGAUGUCACAUCACCAAAACCAGAGAUCUUGAAUGAAAUGGAAUCAUUUUGGACUGGUGAAACUUUGAAAUACUUCUACCUUUUGUUUAGUGACCCGGAUCUUGUUAGUUUGGAUAAGUAUGUUUUUAAUACUGAAGCUCACCCGCUCAAAAGACCUUCAUAG